ACCCAAACGGCCCUUCAACCUCCUUCUCAAGUGCCCCUCCUCCUCCUCUCCCGUUGAUUCCGAAUCCUCCCCUGCCUCCCCCAUUGACCCUCCCGGCCCAUGCCCAACCCCAGCAUUUACAUGGUGGUAGGUAGGAAGCCCAAGCUGAAGAAAGCCCUCCCUCACACCCCCACCAGCCCUUGUGGACCCCUGGACCAAACCCAAACCUUCCAUCUCCAUCACCCCCAGGGUCUUUACAAUCUCCCCUCCUUCCCCCACAUCCAGUCCCUGUACGACCUCCCUCCUCUCCCCCUGCCCCAGCCACUGCUGGAGGACCCCGCCUUGGAGCCGGAGUUCGACCCAGACUUGGAGCUCCAUCUUGGGCUUGAGGGUGGAUGGUCGCUUCCCUCUCCCUGUAGUAACCUAGAGGUGAUGGAGACUCAGGAUAAGAGCAGGACCCUCCCCAGCAGGAUGACCAUCUCCUGUCUGGCCGAACUGGACAAGAAGAAACCCAAGGUUCCUCCACCAGUUCCCAAGAAGCCCAACAGUCUCCUUCUUCCGUCCAACUCCACCACGGUUCAUUCCAACGGUUCCACCAACAGACAGGGAACACAGAUGAACGGCCCAGCCGCUCUCCGCUCUCCUGUUGGAGCGUCCCCACCUGAGGAGAUUCCCGGUAAAGAGGAAAACCAGGAAAACCACCUGGGAACAGAUGAGGAGAGCUCAACGGAGUCUUCAUUACAGUCUUCGUUGCAGGAUUGUUCUCUUACAGACCUGGAGGGGAGGAUGGCCACUGUAGAGAUAGGGACAGGUGAUGAUUCAGUGGAGGAGAACGUUGAGCAGAGUAGUUUGGACUUUAGUGGUAAAACGGACCUCCACAUCACAGAGGAAACAGAUGAUGAUGUCGGUGGACACACACCCAGCGCACACAACAUGGAGGAUCUCUUCACCAAAAUACACAGGUCGAAGAGAAAGGUCCUGGGUCGUAAAGAACCAGGGGACUCAUUCGGCAGCCGCCAGAGUCUGGUCUCCCCAGUGAAGCACAGCACCAGCGGGGGUGACCUCCAAACCUUGACCCUAGGCUCCACUCUGCGGUACUGCUCGCGGAACGACAACUUCAUGGCCCUGUUACAGAAGAAGGGCAGUAAGUCCAGCAAGGGAGGGACACGCCUCUCUGCCAUGGAGCUCCUGAAGAGCACGAACCCCCUCGCGAGACGCAUCACGGAAUUCUCCACGUCGUCGGACGGAGGAGGGGAUACGACCACCGGUAAUAACAGGACCAGACCGCCCCAGGACCAAUGAGUCCCGGACCGACCCUCUCUCUCUCUCCUACUAAAGAGAUUCUUGCUGUAACCUCACCAACACCAACAGCGGGCGGGCAAAGUAGCGGUUGAAUAUAUAACCACUUGUCGACCAUUGAUCGAUAAUGUAAAUGGACCAUUGAUGGAAGAAUGAAUAUCCAACCAGACCACUCAACCACUGAUGGACCGAUCAUUAACCGCCCAACGGUUGAACACGAUGGUCACAGCGGUCAUCAAAGGAGUUUUGUUUCCAGACACGGUCCAUGCUGUUAUGAAGGUGUUUCAUUUGCUAAGGUCUCAACUCGGUCCAUGCUGUUAUGAAGGUGUUUCAUUUGCUAAGGUCUCAACUCGGUCCAUGCUGUUAUGAAGGUGUUUCAUUUGCUAAGGUCUCAACUCGGUCCAUGCUGUUAUGAAGGUGUUUCAUUUGCUAAGGUCUCAACUCGGUCCAUGCUGUUAUGAAGGUGUUUCAUUUGCUAAGGUCUCAACUCGGUCCAUGCUGUUAUGAAGGUGUUUCAUUUGCUAAGGUCUCAACUGGUCCAUGCUGUUAUGAAGGUGUUUCAUUUGCUAAGGUCUCAACUCGGUCCAUGCUGUUAUGAAGGUGUUUCAUUUGCUAAGGUCUCAACUCAGUCCAUGCUGUUAUGAAGGUGUUUCAUUUGCUAAGGUCUCAACUCGGUCCAUGCUGUUAUGAAGGUGUUUCAUUUGCUAAGGUCUCAACUCAGUCCAUGCUGUUAUGAAGGUGUUUCAUUUGCUAAGGUCUCAACUCAGUCCAUGCUGUUAUGAAGGUGUUUCAUUUGCUAAGGUC